GACUAUCAGACAGACAGAGCAGUCGGUCUUGGCCAAUAAGUAGUUAUGGAGGCAAGGUCGACGGAUCUUAAGUACCUUAUGCGGUACGGUGGAGUCAACUAAGGUAAUGCUUAAACCGUGACGGCACCCCUGUGGAGGAUCACCUAAAAGCCACGUGUCCACCAAAUACGGUUAAGCCUGGCCAGGAAUACCCAUGUUCCAGAGGCCAGAUCCGUUCAGUUCUCGGCUUCUUCCGACACCAACCUCCACAGGCGCCACCCACCGGUACUUAUACGAUUCAGCAUCCAAGACACAACAUCCCACAACGGGCCUGGCUCACGAGCGCAUAUCAUCACUGUCAAGCUUUUGCGACAAUGCCAUCUCCUAGAGUGCGCAUCUUGCUCCGCGUCCUUGGUCUGCUAGCGUUCCCUUUCGCGCUCUGGAGGAUCAUUCCCGAGAACUACGACGAUGCUGCACGACGCGUGGCAGAUGCCGGCCGUGUCGCAGUCGGAUUCGAUCUAGGCCAGUCUUAUGCAACAUCCGUCGCUCACUUCAGCAACGGGACGGUUGUCAGUUUGCCAAAGAUCCCUGGCAGCGAAGACUACAUUGCGUUCAUGGCGCGAAUGAACAACCAGCCCCCGUCAUUCCUGCCCGAUGGCUACGUGAACCAGCGUCCCAGUCGCCCUCAGCUCCUCCAGGAUCUGUGGACGCUCUUCAUGCGAAGCAUUGGCCUACCGCCCAGCAAGGAUGCGGCCGUCCUGGUCAGAAUGAAGGUCGCCUUGAAAGCCGCGUCAGAGGUUGCGCUCGGCCAUGCUAUCGAUUCCGCCGCUGUCACCGCGCCAUGGAGAGCGUCAUGGCAACACGAGGUACCGAGCCUUGGUAUUGUAAAUACCGCGCUUUUGUUGGCGGGCAUCACGCCUGUGGCUUUGGAGGACAAUGAUACGUUAUACAUGGGCGAGAUAAACAGCCUGCUUGCUGCGCACAAGCGCAAACUAUGUCCAGCAAUUUGGUGCGCUGACCAUUUCGGAUCUGAUGCUGGUGAGCCGCAGCCGAUCAACUUUCUGAUCAGCUUCACCAACCAGUCCUUGCAUACCUCGUUCCAGGUAACGCGGUGCUUCUUCCUCGACUCAUGGAGUAACGAUUUUGGUACAAUUGAUUCGAGGUACGGGCUCGACAAGCUGAUGCACAUGGGGCCCGAGCGCCGGGAAGACUUCUGGACCUCGAUUCAUGACCAUCUUGUGGAACGUGUCACCAAAUACUUGGGGCGUCACUCCCCGCACCCCCGUGUUCCAUUUCUCGCACUCGUUGCUGGGGAGGCUUCCGAUACGCCGGAAUUCAGGACUGUCCUGCAAGAGGUCACAGAGAGCGUUGCAAGACUUCGCGUGGCCGAUGCGCGGUCACAAGGAGAACCUGAAGGCACUGAUAUACGGCCGAUGGAGCUUCUCAUUGCGGAUGAUCCAACAUUUGCUGCGGCGAGAGGCGCGGCCUUUUGGAUGCGGAUGCAGCUCGAUUGGUCGUAUUGCGAAGACUGCUUCGCCUCUCGCCCGGGAGAGUACGUAUCGCAGUACGACAUGCUCAGCGAGUCUCAUGUGGAGUUAUGAGUUGCCGGGAUGCCAUCCGCAGGUGCCAUCAGUCUACCAUUUCAGUGGCCACUCUUCAUAGUUCAAAUCGAUACAUGAGAAUCUCUCUUGGUGUGGCCUCCACGCCUCCGGAGCCAUGAGACAUAACACCAGCAUGUCUGCGUCCGCUCCUACCCCGUCGUACGGGGUCCCGUUGUGCCACAUGUCUCCCCAGACACGGGGCACACUCGGAUACGUUGCGAGAGACGAGCUCCUUUCCAAGAGAAUGCGAUCCUUCACCGAAAG